CCCCUGCCACUGAAGAAGAGUUCACGCACCUCAUUCCAUUCUAAAAAAACGCUUGUUUUCCAACUCCGUUCCUCUCCGCCGGCGACUUUUGACGUUUGAUUAUUUACCGCGUCUGGUUUUUUCAACUGCAGAUGCCCCCUUCGUCUAUCCUCUCAUCAAAAUCCGUUCUUUCUACCCUGAUGUAGUCAAAAUCCUCUCUUUAGCAUGGAUCCGAUGGAGGCAGGGGCGAGGGAUCUUCUGCGGCGAUUCUCCGGCGGAUUCUCGACGGAAGAAGUAACCGGCGGGGACUCCGACGAGAUUGAGCUUGGGCUUUCGCUCGGCGGCUGCUUUAGUUCACAGGAUGCAGAGAAUAAUCGGCUCAUGAGAUCUUCUUCUAUUCCUGCUAUACUUCGAAGUGAUUUUCCGACCGUUGUGCCGCUGGUCAGGACUUGCUCGAUGCCGAGCGAUGCAGAGGAGGAGAUUCGAAGGAGGAAGGAGGUGCAAAGUAUUAAGAGGAUGGAGGCGAUGAGGAAAAGGGAGGACAAAAGGAACUUAAAGAGAUUUGAUGAUGAUUUUGAAGGGGGGUCUGUGCGGAAGAUGAGAAGGUUUGAAGUAGAAGAGAAUGGAGUUCAAUCGUCGUCGAGAAGAUUUGGGGUGGCGUCGCAGGGGAGUAGUUCUUCUGGUGGAUCGGAAUUUGAAAGCCAGCAAGAGCAAGGCUUUGAAUUCCCUGGAAUCAUCUGUGCUUCUGAUGUCAACAACCCUUCAAAGGCCCCGACAAUGGCAACACCAGCACCAAAAUCCAUCAAUGGCACCUUUCGUUGUAAUGAAGCUGCGCUCAAAGAAAAUGUCUUGAGAAAGAAGGACGAAGAAAGAUCUCUUAACCGUGGGAUUAGUGAUAUCGGCAAGAACAUGGUGGAGGAGAUGCCAUCGGUGUCGACGAGAGGCAACGGUCCUAAUGGUAGAAGGAUAGAUGGUUUCCUUUAUAGUUAUGGGAAAGGGGAGGUGAGUAUAGUCUGUGUAUGCCAUGGGAACUUCCUCUCGCCGGCAGAAUUUGUUAAGCAUGCCGGUGGUGGUGAUGUAGCUCAUCCUCUUCGGCAUAUCGUUGUGAAUCCCAGCUCUGGUUCCUUGUUGUGACGAAGGCUAUCAGAUUAAUCUAAUCCCUUCAGCUGGUUAGAAGCUUUCUUUCUUUAUGUUUUUGAUCAGCAGAAACGCUGAAAGAUUUUAACUUUGAGCUAAAUUAUGCAGAGAGAAUAGAAUCCUUUUGUAAGUUUUUUCUUCUUCUGAAAUCUGCAUCGUUUUUUUUUUUUUGCCGAAUUGCGCUGCUUGAUCUGUUGGAUUUUUUCUUCGUGAAUCAA